UUAUGAUUGCUUCUAAAGGCAGUUUGUUGGGUUUCUCUUUGGCUUUACUUCUCUGAGAUCUAGUGGGGCAAGGACUAAGCUCUACCAAUGGGACUGGAGAUGGAGUUGGACCGUGACAAGAACUGCGUAGUGGAUUUGAGCCCUAAUACCGUUCUUCCAACUCAACAAAGUUUAUCAUAUAAUGGGAAGAGAAGAACAAAAGGGAGAUCCACACAGAAAGACGACAUUUUUAUCCUAAAAGAAGAUUUCCGAGAGAUCAGCUUUAGUCGCUACCGCAGCAUUUCAUGUAAGAACAUUCCGUCUAGACCUGUCACACAUGAUUAUAAUGUAGAGUUUAAGCGAGGUUCCAUAUAUCAAAGUUCCAGAGAGGUGAGGAAGAUGAAGAAAAUGGGCCCUACGGAGGGGAGGAGAAAAAUUGAGGUUUCGCGAAGUAGUGACAUUUCUUUCUCCAUUGUCGAUUCAUUGUGUAGUUCAGAUGAGGAAAACCUGAAAAGGAGAUCUUCGAAAGCGUCUUGUAAUUCAAGUUCUCGGACACCCUCCUCAUCAGAUGGCUUCAUCGAAAUUUGUUUGGAUCCAAGCAGCCGGGGAAACAACUCUGCAGAAACUGUUGGUGGAGGUUCUGUUGAUUUGAAGCUGAGAAGUGAUCCUGUUGUUGGUCCUCUAAGCAAUAGUAAUGAACUUCUUGAAAGAGACGCGGUGCAGACAUUGCACAAGUCAGUCUCUGCUAAGGUGGAAAUGCCCCCUUCACCUUCUCUUUCUGAAAGUGAUUGCUCAUCCAAGGCCAGCUCAAAGGCUCGGUUCAGUCCUAUCAGAAAGAUGUUUGAUCCGUUCAUGAAGUCAAAAUCUUUGCGAAGUCCUUUAGGUCAUGCAAUGGAACAUGGUAAGAUCAAAGCAACCGGAUUGACAAACAUGAGAAUAAACAGGACGUCUGCAAGAUCCUUGUUCCCCAAAUUUUCGGAUAUAGCUCUGGAUUCGGAGUGUGAAUUUCAGUUUGUAAAGAGUAAGAAUCAGUCCCCUCUUUCAUGUUCACCAGUUCACUUACAUGGCUAUCUGAAGUUGGAAAACAAACAGGGAUUACCACUUUUUGAGUUUUCAUUGCAAUGCCCAGAAGAUGUCUAUGUAGCCAAGACAUGGAAAGCGAAAGAUGCGUUUAACUGGGUAUAUUCUUUUCACUCCAUUGACAAUGGAAAGAAGAGCAAUGCGAGCAGAUGGGGAUGGUUUGACAGUGAAAAAGAUUCCUCAAUGGUGGGACAGAUGCAAGUUUCCUGUUAUUUAUGUUCAGAACUAAAAGAUGGAGUUUUUGACAAUUCCAUGGUGACAGAAUUUGUGUUGUAUGAUAUUGCCCAUGCAAGACUAAGUGUUUCAGCUCAAGAGAAAUUGAACUCUACCAUUGAUAACAUAAAAUCUUCCAAUGGUUCUGAUCCAAAAUCGGUUGCAGAAAAAUUGGAGUUAGACAAGGGGACUCAUACGGGCGAGGUCAAGCAUCAACAACAAAAGUCAACUUCUAAUAAUAGUGAAUUUGAUUCUUUGAAUCCGUAUCCUUGGGCAGCAGUGAAUUUGCAUCCGAGUCUUGAAAUUGCAGCUAUUGUAAUGCAAGCCCCAUUUGAGAAGAGGGAGAGCUUGAAAUACAAGAGAGGAGAUAAGUGCAGUGAUAAAACACAUAAAAACCUGCUUAAUUUGUCUAUGGUUGAGCCGAGGAAACAAGAAGUUCUAGAUAGUAGAACUCCAGAUAAGGUUAAGGUGGUACUUCCGGCUGGAAACCAUGGCUUGCCAAGUGCUGAAAGCGGGAUCCCAUCAUCAUUGCUGGAUCGUUGGAGGUUAGGUGGAGGUUGCGAUUGCGGCGGAUGGGAUAUGGCCUGUCCUCUUACUGUUUUGGGCAAUCCGCAUUUCCGGUGUGCUAAUAGUCAAUCACUUGUGGAGAACCAAAUGCCUAUGGAACUCUUUGUUCAGGGAGUGAAAGAUAAUACGCCGGCAUUGACCAUGACAGUUGUUGAGGAAGGACUGUACGCGGUCGAUUUCCACGCUCAGUUAUCUACUCUGCAAGCAUUCUCCAUUUGUGUCGCCAUUCUGCACGGUACAGAAACCUCUGUGGAUGCCGGGGAGGAGAGGGACAGACAGUUGUCCCCGGGCAAUUCGCUGAAAGUACUUAUUGAGGAGGAAGUGAAAUUCUUAAUUGAAGCAGUCACGGCAGAGAAGAAGAAUGUCACUAAGAGAGUGAAAGAGAUCCCUCCAUCAUAUGUGCUCAAUCCACCCUUCUCUCCAAUUGCAAGAGUUUAGGCUCCAUAUGGGCCUCACUG